AUGAAAAUGAUGAAUAUUAUAUUAUCGUUUUUCAUAUUAGUGAUUUCUAUAAAUGUUAAAGGUACUACUUUUCAAGAUGGAAAUAAUAACAUUCCUGAACCAAUUGGAUAUAUUUCGCUAGCUCAACCAAUUGCAUAUAUUUCGCUAGCUCAACCAACUGUAGUAUUCGCAUAUGAUAAAAAAAAACAUACUAAAUAUUUAGAUUUAAUUAAUAGUGUUUUAAAUGAACAAUCAAAAAAUACAAUAUAUGAAUUUGAAGGUGGCAAUUAUCAUUGGGUUAUAACAAACUUUGGUAUAUCUAUAGAUAAUUCUAGUCUUCGUUUGAAACUAUAUUUUUCUGAAAAAGAAAUUGAUGCAUUAAAAUUUGGAACAAAAUAUUUUAUAUCUUAUUUAAGAGAUAAUAUUAAAUACUUAUUUUCACGAUAUAUGGAUAAAUAUGAUUUUGAAAAAAACUAUGGUGGUGAUUUAAAAAAGUUAGCUGAAGAUUUAAAAGCUUUGAUAUAUGAUAGACUUAAUCACAAUUUUAAAUACAACUUAAUAAAACGCGAAAAAAAAACAAAAGAUGAAAAGGUCAAUAAGAAGGGAAAGAAAAUUUUUAAAACUCUUGUACACAAUUCAGAUAUAAUAAUUCAAGGUUAUUUUAUUAAAGUAAGAAAAGAUGGAAACUAUACAGAUUUAACCAGAAAUCUUAAUAUGUAUUUCGAUAUAAAUAUAAAUAAAGACAAUGUAAAUUCUAAUUAUGAUUUAAAAUUUCUUAAAUCUGAAAUUAUUGAAUUAGUUUCUAAACCUUUAAGAAGGCCAUAA